AUGAGGGAAGUUCUUCAAAAGAUGCGAACCCAUACAAACAUCCUCCGGAUGCUCGGCGGAACUUAUUGGGGAACCUCAUCUCACAUGAUGCUGCAACUGUAUAGGGGGCUCAUCCUGGCCCGCCUAUUGUAUGCCCUACCUCUCGCCAUACUCAGUGCCAACCAGCUCAAAAACUUUGAACAAGCGCAACGCGUGGCACUCAGGAUUUGCCUCGGGGUUCCCCGCACAGCCUCGUCUCGACAUACGCUCACAGAAUCCAGGAUUAACUCUGUAGAGAACAUCAUGCAAGAACGGGCGCUGGGUCAUCUGACUCGAAUGAGCAACUGCGACUCGACCAUCACGCUCCUAAUGAGGAUCGCCGAGCGCGCUGAAUCAAGACUAGGAGCGCACCUCUGCACUCUUGGUGACAUAGCUGGCACACCAGGACCACUCGCUCGACUCCCAGAGCUGCACAAAGAUCCCCACCCCCUGCGGAUCAGCCUUCAUAUCCCUGGGUUGCGGUCCAAGAAGAACGUAGCAGUGGUCGUAGCAAGGCAGCUCACGGAAGACCACUUAGUUACCCAGAACGACGGGUGGACCCGAGUGUACACCGACGGAUCAGUGGACCCCUCCGGAGGCACAGCAACAGCAGCGGCUUUCUUCGAGGGAGCGGCUCUGGGUACCAGUGAGCGCUUGGAUCACCAGGCAUCCUCCACCACGGCAGAGCUAGCAGCCAUACGGCUCGCCCUCUGGGGUAUUCGGACAGGCUGCACACAGGCUUUACGCUGGGUCAUCCUGAGCGACUCAAGAUCAGCCCUCGAGCUGCUAUCUAGGCUCGAACGGGCAACGCCCCUGGCCCGUUCAAUCGCGCAGGAUGCGGUCGAGCUUCAGCAAGAAGGCAACGACAUUGCCUUCCAAUGGCUCCCGAGCCACUGUGGCAUUAGAGGCAAUGAAGUCGUUGAUUUUCUAGCGGUGCGGGCUCACAAGGACCCCGAGUGCCCCCUUUCAACCGUUCCCCGCUUCUCAGACGCAAAGCUCCUUGUGAGAAGAGCCAUCGCACUACAGCAUCCGGACCCCGUAGUGGUGGCGGGUGCCUUCCCAGCUCGGGUACCGCGCGGCUUCGACCGCCAAACUGCCGCAGUAAUGCACAGAUUACGGACCGGAAGCGCCUUCACCCCGGCGUGGAUAAGUCGCUUCAGACUCAAUGUUGACCCCAUAUGCAAGACCUGCGAGGAAACGGCCGACGCCGAACAUCUCCUCUUGCACCGCAGUGAUCACGAAGAGGAGCGCACCAACCUACGUGAUGCUUUUUCCGGCAUAGGGCUACCUAGUACCAACUUGGAAGAACUCCUGCGUCCAAGAGCCUCACGAGCUACUACGGACAAGGCACUCAAGAGUGUAGUCAGCUUCCUGAGGAACGCGGAACUCCUCGAGAUCCUCUAA